CUGAUAGGUAAGAACGGUAUCAAGCUACAAGAGUGUAGAUAAGAGGGUGGGCGUGAGUUGUGGUUGAGGCUCUCGGAGGCCAUCGGUCCAAUCACGCGGCUCGGCCUAAAUUUUUGGCAUCGACGUCGGUCGCGCAGAAGUAGACACAAGCGUCGAAGAGGUCACCAUCAACGCACCAUUCUGUGAAAGAGUAGUCGCGCCGCCAUUUGCAUCUAAGUCGUGUCAUAGUCGACCCGUCGCUUAGCUCUCGUUCAAAGUCCCAUCGUCGCCGCCCCUCGCCGCCGGUGUCCUAAGACUCGCCCUCUCGCCCUCACCAGCAAAAGUCUACAUCAUGACGUCGCUUCCUGUCACCACCACCCCCUACCCUCCCGUGGCGCCUGUGGCCCCCAUCGUUGAGAAGAAGUCCGGCCCUCUGUCUGGUGUCACCAACAAUGCUCUGGCCUCGGCGCUGAAGGACACAUACUCGGCCUUCCAGGCACGAAGAGAGUCUCUCGGUCUCACCAACCCCGGCACCGUCGAGAACGUCGCAAAGGAGGUUCAGCGCGAUGUCUUCCUCAACAACCUGUCCUUCUCUGGCCUGCGUGCCGACCUCACAAAGGCAUUUAGCGUCUCGCCGUUGUUCCAGGUCUCGCACGCCUUCUCCCAGGGCUCCCAGCAAAUACCCCCUUACGCCUUCCUUGCCCUGUACGGCACCAACAAGAUCUUCUGCCAAGGUAACCUCGACAGCGACCUCUCCCUCUCCGCCCGCUUCAAUUACCGAUGGACUCCUCGCUGGGUCACAAAGACCACCACCCAAAUCCAGGCUGCUUCCAUGGCUGGUCCCGGAGGCGCUCAAUUCUCCUUCGAGAAUGACUACGUCGGCAAUGACUUCACUGCUCAGGUCAAGGCCAUGAACCCUUCUAUCCUUGACGGUCCUCUCACUGGUAUCUUUAUUGGUAGCUACCUCCAGAGCAUCACUCCCAGACUUGCCCUUGGUCUUGAGGCUGUCUACCAGAGACCUGCUGCCCAGCUCGGCCCCGAGGCCAUGAUCAGCUACGCCGCCAAGUACAAGGGCGAGGACUGGAUCGCCAGCGCUCAGCUCAUGCCUUCCGGCGGUAUCCAGGGUUCUUACUGGAGAAGACUGUCUGCACAGCUUGAGACCGGUGUCGACCUCAACUUGCAAUUUGCUGGUAACCCCAUGAUGGGUGGUAUGAGAAAGGAGGGCGUCGCCACUCUCGGUGCCAAGUACGACUUCAGAGCCAGCAGCUUCAGAGCUCAGGUCGACACCGCUGGUAAGCUCGGUGUCUUGCUCGAGAAGAGAAUUGUUCCCAUGGUCCAGAUCACCUUCGCUGGUGAGCUCGACCACGUCAAGAACGCCGCUAAGGUCGGUCUUGCCGUCUCUAUCGAGGCUGCCGAAGAAGAGGUCAUGGCCCAACAAGAGAGCGCCAUGACUGCCGGCCCCGUCACUCCUCCCUUCUAGAUGAUUCGCAGUGUAAACUCCCCUACUCUGCCGUGUACAUUAUAAAAUUUGACCCUUUCUCCUGGUGUCCUUGUUGUUGUCAAUAGCUGGCCUUUUGUUCCUGGGUUACGUGGGGACAGACAUUGCCUGUUUGGCAUGGAGAUGUCGACCUAUCCUGCAUUGUUGUGGUUUACGAGGAAAGAGGAAAAGGAGGCUCUUGGACCGGACAUGAAUAAGGCGGAGUCAUGAUCAGAUAUGCAUUUCUCUGUAAUCUAUGCUCUUUUGCAAAUGGCAUCUUUGUGCAGCUCGUGUUGACAACGUUUCCUGGGUCACGCUUCCAAUCGAAUAUUGAAAUUGCAUCCCUCGGCUCUUAGCGGCAUAGCAAAGAGAGUGAUGCAUAAUGUACCUGAGACCCAUGGUGCAACACGAACAUAACUUUUGCAUGGCAAAGUAUGAAGUGACAUUCUGCCUUGAUGCCCCUCAUCUGCGAUCCCGUUCACGGUCCACCA